CGUACAUAUAUACCAUCACAACCAAGAAAAAAACAAACAAUCAGAGUAUUUAAUUUUUCUCGCAUUUUCUCAAUCGUGUAAAAAACUGAUCGAUCGAUCGAUAGAAUGGAUCGGGUGGCGAAGCUUGCGUCGAAGAAUGCGGUGGUGAUAUUCAGCAAGAGCUCCUGCUGCAUGUGCCACUCAAUCAAGAGAUUGUUCUAUGAACAAGGAGUGAGUCCUGCGAUUUACGAGCUGGACGAGGAGUCGAGAGGGAAGGAGAUGGAGUGGGCGUUGAUGAGGCUAGGGUGCAACCCACCAGUGCCGGCUGUGUUCAUUGGAGGUAAAUUUGUUGGGUCUGCUAAUACCAUCAUGACUCUUCAGCUCAAUGGGUCCUUGAAGAAGUUGCUCAAAGAAGCUGGAGCUAUUUGGCUUUAGCUAGUCACAUUUAGGUCUGAUCAUGACUCGUGAGAGUUUUGAAUAAGUUUGAAGAAAAACUUGUAUUAAUUGACUCUCUCUCUUUUUUAAAUAGGGAGGAGGAUUCGAACCAACGACUCGUUAAACAUAUAUAAACUAAUUAGUGUACGUUUUUUUCUUCGAAUAUUACUGUUUUUGCAGAUUGAUGGAGCAGUUGCAUGUUUUCUAGAUAAAAACUACUUGUAUUUAUAUGAUACAAACAUGACAAGAAUGGUCUUAUAAUUAA